ACACGCCUCACAUAGUGUGGGACUCAGAUGGACAGCAAAAGUCAGGGGUGCAGGGCAAUCAUCAUACUCCUUCAGCAGCGUGAUAUGCCGUCCAUCUCCCACAAGCUCACCAGCUAUCAGCACCACCACCCUCCCAACAAACCUAGGCCUCCCCACCACAAGUGCUCAUUGUCGGAAGUGUGUCCCAAAGCUCAACGGCCACCAGGCUCCAGCAGAGACAACACCAACCUCACCUGAAAACCUCCCACAACCACCACCAGCUCCUCCACUGCCAUCCUCACUAUUGGAAGCAUCUCCCAAAAGUGACAUGAAGAUGAGGGCUGCCAUCUUGCUGCUGCUGUUGCUGGUCCCCAUGUGUGGAGCUCAGGCCUGUGAACACGUGAACAUCUAUACUGAGCUGAAGGAACUCAAAGCCAUGGUGACCAAGCUGAAAACCAACGCAGACAUCAUGAAGGUGGCAUUCUCAGCAGGUCUGACUGAGUCAGGAGUCGUAGUGUCUGGGGGUAACGAAUUAAACUUGGUCUUCAGUAAAGUCACCACCAAUGUCGGUGAGGCGUACGACAGCGCGACUGGGUUCUUCACAGCUCCCGUCAAGGGGGUCUACUUCUUCAGAUUCAAUGUUAUGGAUCAUCCAAAAUACCGCUAUAUGCAUAUCAUGAUGUUUAAGAAUAACGACAGACUCAUGUAUCUUGAUGAGUAUGACACUGAUGGACAUUCCACCCAUCUGUCCGGUGGUAUCACUCUGGAGCUAGCUGUGGAAGAUAAAGUUAACCUGAGACUGCCAGCAGGUAACCAGCUGUUUGACGAUUCCCGUAACCACUGUAUAUUCACUGGCUUCCUGGUCUUCCUUCUCUGAGUGAAAACGCACCACUCACAUCAUCUGUCAGCAUUGCAGAAUAACUGCAGCACCAGCAGGUCAUCCUUAAACUACAAUGCUGUUGAAUUGCAUCACACUGACACUCAAAAUUGAAUAAAAAGAAUGAUAGCAUUCAUGCUAUCCUUUAAAAUAAAAAAAAUGAGUAUUCAGUGACGCUUUAUUUGUCACUUUGUCAUUUGUUUUUGUGUGUGUGCGUGUGUGUACCUGUUGUUUUGUGUGUAGUUUGAGCCUUGCUUUUUAUUCUACAAAAAAAAUGUACUUUCAGUUUUUGUCUACUGCUUGCACACAAUUUGCAAAAAAUGGCUCAAAACUCUACACACAAUUCCAUAACAGAAAACACUUGGAAAUAAACUAUUCACCUCAAUGCUAAAUAAACAUUGCCCCCAAAACACAAAACUGCUAUAAACUACAAUGCUGUUGAAUUGCAUCACACU